CUGCCGCGCGCGCGCCGCCUACGAGAGCCUCUUCGCCGGCGGCGGCGGAGGAGGCGGCGGCGGCGGCGGAGGAGUGGCGGCGGCGGCGGCGGAGGUGAGCCCCGGGCCGUUGACGCUUGCGUCGAGCUUGUUCCCCGACGAGUCGGAGUCGGAGUGCAGGUCGUUUACGCAGCUCCUCAUCGGCGCCAUGAGCUCCCCUGUGGGAGGUGGCGGUGGUGGUGGUGGAUUGGAGAGAAGAGGUGGUGGAGGAGGAGGAGGGGGAGGAGGGGGAGGAGGAGGAGGAUUGGUUAGGUUUGGGCAGAACCGGCCGACGAGCCUUGCGGUGACGCAGCCGCCGGUGUUCAUGAUACCGCCGGGGCUCAGCCCGGCGACGUUGCUUGAUUCCCCGGCUUUCCUUUCGCCUAUGGGAAACUUUGGAAUGUCCCAUCAGCAGGCCCUAGCACAAGUAACAGCCCAGGCUGCUCACUCUCAGUUCAAAAUCCAUUCUCAACCAGAGUACCCGUCUUUGCUUUCAAUUCCAGCAACAACUUGCACAAUACAUCAUAAUACCUCUGCUGUUAAUAUGGCACCGAUACCCGAUAUAUCGACUCUAUCUACAAAUAGUAAUAAUACCAAACUCGAAUCAGCUGAGGCCUCUCAAGCUGAUCAAAGGUUCCAACCUGCUCAUGUUGUCGAUAAGCCAGCUGAUGACGGCUAUAAUUGGAGGAAGUACGGGCAGAAAAUGGUUAAGGGCAGUGAGUACCCAAGAAGUUAUUAUAAAUGUACCAAUCCCAACUGUCCAGUUAAGAAAAAGGUCGAGCGAUCUGUAGAUGGCCAAAUAACUGAGAUAAUUUACAAAGGCCAACACAAUCACCUGCGACCCCCAAAUAGGCGAUCGAAAGAAGGUGGUGCUCUCCAAAGUGAGUCAGAGGAGUUUAAUGAGAAUGCAGAAAAGACUGGCAUUUCUAAUGAUAAUCUAUUAGCUUCUUCAAUUGGUAAGAGAGAUCGAGAACCAAGCUAUGGGACCCACGAGCAGUUGUCUGGUUCAAGUGAUAGUGAGGAGGUUGGUGGUGGUGAAGUGAAAGCAGAUGAAGCAGAUAAUGAAGAGCCGGAUGCUAAAAGAAGAAAUAUAGCAACUUCUUCGCAAAGGGCAUUGACUGAGCCUAGGAUCAUUGUGCAAACAACUAGCGAGGUUGAUCUUUUGGAUGAUGGUUAUAGGUGGCGCAAAUACGGGCAGAAAGUGGUGAAAGGAAACCCUCACCCAAGGAGUUAUUACAAGUGCACCUAUGCAGGCUGCAAUGUGAGGAAGCAUAUCGAGAGAGCUUCAACGGACCCCAGGGCAGUCAUAACGACCUAUGAGGGGAAACAUAAUCAUGAUGUACCAGCUGCUAGAAGCAGUAGCCACAGCAUAGCUUCCGCUUCUGUUUCUUCAAGUGGCUUACAAAAUAGAGGGCAAAAUACUCACAACCAGGCUUCCCUUAAUAGAACAGACUUCGGCAGUAGGGAUCAUCGAGCGGCCGCUGUUCUACAGUUGAAAGAAGAGAAUGAUAUAACAUGAACUCCGUUUUUUCAGGGUUUUCAUAUAUGAAAAAGUAAAAAAGCUCAUGCAUGUGCUGCCAUUCAUUGGAGUUAACAGGAGAGGUAAACUGACUGCAUUUUGCUCGAGUUAGGCCCAAAUUCUUACGAGUGUUAUUCUUUUUCUCUUUGCAAACAUCAAAGCCGUGCUGUUGUUUCUGCUUGAUGACACGACAUCCUUUGCAGGGGAAUCGCUUCUCAUCUGUCAAAUGAUGCACCUGCCCCAGCUUUUAGUUGAUAUAUUUUGUUGUACAUUUUAUAAGUUCAUACACAAGUAAUUAAGACAAUAACAAACAAAAUGGAGAAAUUUGUAUAUUUAUUUGAGAGUUGUGUAUAUGAUUUUGUUGUGGUUGAAUUCUAAAGUUGAUGCGUGAAUUCUUUUCGUCUUCCCUUUGUUUCUUUUCUAAUUGAGGAAAAUGUGUAGAGCUUGCACACUGAGACAUUUGUUGUGGUUUAUAUAAAUGUUAAACACAAUCUUACUUCAUUUAUGUCGAA